AAAAAUCUACUUUGAGGUUAUGUUACACUUCAAGUAACCUAAAUAAGUGCCCGUUUGUUGAAAACUAUAAUUAUACGAAUUAAUUUCAAUUAACCUGUGAUAAUUUACACUGAAAAUUACUGGGUGCUAGUUUUUUAACCGGAAAUAAUGGAGAAUUGCGUUUUUAAACAAAUUUAUUCAGAAGAGAACACACCCCUUCGAGUACAUUUUACACUUUUGGAGGAUGGAGUAACGCUAAUUAUAUUACAAAACGAAAACGCUUGGAAAUCUACAUUGUCCAAGGAUGAUCUCAAGUAUUUUGCUACGGAAUACAAGUUAAAUUUUGAAGAGUAUUGUUCCAAACUGUCCGAUUAUAUAAAAACGGCGGACCCCGACAUCAUUUUCACGUUCAAAAAUAACACAUUUUCCAUUAACCGCCUCUUGAAGAAUUCGCUGAAAGUGAAAUUUUUCACAUGUAAAUUGGAGAAAACUAACUAUGUGGAACAAGUUGAACAAAUAAUGGACACGUUUUACGUGGAAAACACUGAAUUAUCGGAAAAAUUAAACGUUGUGAUGAAAGAAAAGGAUGAGAUUGAUAAACAUAAAACGUGCUGUGAGCAGAAGCUGAAAGAACUGAUCCAAAAAAAGCAGUCAGAUGAGGAAGAGCAGUUUGGCCAGUUUUUAUCAAUCUUAAAUGAGAAAAAAUUUCGUAUUCAGCACUUGACCGAACUGCUGGAAGCAUUUAAGAACGGCAGACCUACAGUGAAUUUGCCAGUUAAUGUAAAGAGCAAGAAACGAAAAAAUGAAACAACUAAUCAAACUAAAAAAUUGGAAACUAUAUCAGAAUCCGAAGCAUCAAACAGUUCAGAUAUUGACAACAAGACUGAUUCAGAUGAUGCUUCUAAUCACGAAGAGAACUCGGUCCCUUCGGAAAGCAAACCUUCAACGUCCGCCCAAGAUUUUGAUUUUUUGAACGAUGACGAUAUUCCAUUGACUUCCAGUUUGCCUAAAAGACUGACCCAGAAAAGGGCCCCAAGUGAAAUUCUUGUAAAAACUGUUGACAAAGCUUCAACAGCGCCAAAGACUGAGCCUGAAGAACCACCGAAAAAAGCUAAAAAGAAAGCGUCAAUUAAUAUAAGCACGCAAGACCUUUUGGAUAUGUUGUAGUCACUGAGUGGCCACGUAUGAAUUAACUGUAUUACUAUUGUAUUGUCUUUAAAAUUCUAUAAAUAAGACCAAAGUUUAAUAAUAAAAAUAAAAUAAUUAUUCGAUUUGAA